CGCUGCACUACUACUUGCAUCGGAACUUAGCAGCCCUGAGGUGGCACCAAACUGCAACCCGGCGGCGUGUCGCGGAUCUCCCAGAUCCUAGGAGAGAUACCAAAGAACAAGUCCUUGUGGAAAAUCCUAUUCUCUGACUAACGCAAUCUCUUCUGGCUAUCGUAUAAUCCCAAGGCCCCCAAAUCCCCUUUUCGCUGCAAUUCUUCCGCUUGCGGAUUCGAAUCCUCUCCCCGAAUUUUCUGUGGCAGGUGCGUAAAACUCCGUGAAAUGAGGCUGGAACUGUGAACCUCUCUCUUCGCCUCUCUCGAUCCUAUAUCUCAGACUCUCUCCACCGGGUAGUGCCAUUUGGAUAAACAGAAGCGACUUCGGGCCUUUAAAGAUGGCGGGGCCGAUACAAAAUACAUACUCAAGGUCGCCAGCGCCUUCGACGAAAUCUUACGACUCUUCCUCUGUCUCGUCUGCGGCGUCACCUCGACCACAAGGAGUAUACGAAGGAGGACUUAUGGGUGCCUCUCCUCGACCAUUGAGCGGACCACAUCCUCAGCAUAUGAACAUGCAAACCGGGCUCCCUAUGGGGCAUAGCUCAUUCCAAAAUCCCUACGGGUCUGCUACGACAUCUCCUGGACCACCAGGCAUGGAUUCAAUGGCCUCCACGGGAUCUUCAAGUGGUACGCCAGGUGCCACAGGAGGGCAGAUGUCUGCUGCGAACAUGCAAGCGCAAAAGAGGGCUUAUCGGCAGAGAAGGAAAGACCCAAGUUGUGAUGCCUGCAGAGAACGCAAAGUUAAGUGUGAUGCGACAGAGACAACAAGUUGCUCGGAAUGUUCCAGCCGGAACGUGAAGUGUCAGUUCACCAAGGAGACAAAUCGGCGCAUGUCAUCUAUCAAGCAAGUGCAGGACUUGGAGAAACAAAUUGCUCAAGUCAAGAGGGAAAACUCACAUCUGAGGUCCAUGCUGAGUAUGAGGGAAGGGCAGAUGGACGUUGACACUGAAGGGCCUCAGCAAAUUGCCCUACAACUCCCGGAAAUCGGCUCGCAUCCAAAGCGAAGACAACGGCCUCCACCGCCUCAAGAUCUGUCGAGGGUACGCUCCAAUAUCCGGAAUUUUGGCCGGGGGAUAUUCAAGCCACCUGCACCUUACCGGCAAAUUGGGUCACAGGCACAUUUCAACCCACCUCGACCGGAUCUUCCCCCGAAACACUUGGCCGACCAUCUUCUUAGCUCAUAUUACGCUUCUGUCCACAUCAUAAUACCUAUACUUCAUUGGCCCACGUUUGAGCAGGAAUACGAGGCUGUUUACAAAGCCGGAAGCUUGCACGGAGUGCCUCCUGUGUGGAGUUCACUCUUCUUUUCGGUACUAGCAGUUGGCACACUUUUCAGUUCGGAACCAAGUGUUCAGCGGCCUCACAAAGGAAAAGAGUACAUUGAGACUUCGCGAGUCUUGAUAGAUACCUGGAAUGAUGAGUUUGUUAUUGAUCACGCACGGUCCGCUAUUCUGGUUAGCAUUUUCCUGACUGAGAUGAACCUCAAAUCUGCUGCAUGGACGUGGUUAGCUUCAGCGGUCAGAAUUUCCCAGGAUAUAGGUCUGCACAACGAAACGGGACCUUGGCCAAUGAUAGAAGGAGAAAUGCGACGUCGAGUAUGGUGGGGAAUUUAUGUUUGGGAUAGGCAUAUGUCCUUGGAGCUCGGACGACCUCUCCUGAUCGAAGACGCAGACUGCGAUGUAAGCCUUCCAGCUGCCAUUGACGACCAUUACAUCCACGAUGCCGGAAUGCUGGUUCCAAACGGCGUUGCACCUCUCACAAACUUUAUCCUGCCAAUUAUACACGUUGUAAGAGCCGUUUCUCAACUGAUCAAAACACUCAAAUCGCCCGUCAUUUCUCCCUCGACACUGCAGACUUUUGAUACUCACUUCAAUGCCUGCAUGGCUUCAUUUCCACCAUCCUGUCAAAUUUCUGCACACGAACCUUUGGAUCCAAGAAUGCUCGCUCCAGUCUUCCAUCUCAUGAAUGCACGUCUUAUUCUUCACCGACACAAUCUCACCACUUCCUGCCCUCCAGAAAUCCGCAGUAACGCUAUUGAACAGUGCAUCCGAGCAUCUCUAGACUCCACGAAUCUGCUAGCUCGUGCAAUGACUGCUUCUAACUCGUCGAAUCCUUCAACGCCUCCCUUCGGACCUACAGCCAACUCCAUGACUUGUACGCACAUUUGGCGCUGUACUCUCUUCCUCCUUUUCGGUGGCCAUUUCGACGCAGCACUAACUUGCAUCCGAGCUUCGUCUAGCAUCGCCGCUCUUCGAGACGUCAAUGUAGCGUGUGGUCGAAAUCUGGCUUUCUUCCUUGGCGUCUUGAUCGAGAAGAGGAGAGCAGGAGGACUCAUUGGGAGUACAGGUUACCGCGGGGAACGAGAAAUGGACGAAGAGCUCAUUGCGUACGUUUCUGGCGAUUUGCAAGCAAGUACGGAAAAUAGUUGGGUUUGGACGGGCAGUGAGACAGGGAUGAACAUCGGAGGUGUGAGUUCUGGAUCUUCUGGGGGACCAAAAAUUGGUGCUACGUUACUUGGGGAUGGGCGGGAAGGGACGACGAUUCUUACGGAUGCCGAGGCGAGGGAUUGGGGUGGGUGGGAGAGGGUGGAGUAUUUUGUUGGUGUUUUGGCGAGGGAGCAGGGUGGUUAUGCGCAGCCUGUUCAUUCGAAUGUGCAUUCGAGGUAUGGAAGUGGCAGUUCUGGUGGUAGUGCAGGUGGAUUGGCACCGGAUCGGGGUCAAGAGAGAAAUAGGGGGAAUGAGCGUAUGAGUAUUACGAACAUCAUUUAGGAGCACUUUGGGAGACGAGGAGGCACAUUUGCAUGGCUGGGUUGGGUUUGGAUUGGGUUGUGUAUACAUAUUGUAGCAUAAGGCUUUUAAGGGAUGGAAAUGGAUGGGUGGGAAUGGGAUUGCACAGGAGGGGUGGAAAAAAAAGGCUGCGCUGCUAUACUGUCUGGAAAGACCAUUUUGGCUUUGGCGUUGGCAUUCAUCAUGGCGGCACGGAUAGAGAGCAUGAAAGACAUAGGAGAGUCUUGCUGGAAUCAAUCUUGUAAUAUUGUAAAUGUUAGACCCAAAACAUUGAGUGGCUAUUUACCCUCAUCUUUCGUGCGUAUGGCUUGUAUUUUCUAGAACCCGCCGAAGACGAAGAUUUGAUGCAG